AAGUAGUCACUGUCAAGGAAAACUUUUGUGUACAUCGACUUAUUAAAUCAAUAAUGAGAGUGAAAUACGCCGGAUUUAAUCUAUUUGGAUUGAUUUCUCAGAAUCAAUCCCUUAUAAAAUCGUUUACCGAGUUUAAGUACGACUCGUUAAAAACGCUACAUUUAACCCAUACCUUUGGAAUCGUACAAAAUGAUGAGUUAAAGAUGUUUUUGUACGGAUAUUUUGAUGAGAAAACUCAUCAAAACGUUGAAAUUAAAACGGGUUUAGGAAAAGUUGUUAAAAAAGUAUCCGUUUAUGAUAAUAAGAUGACCAUUUUGUUUGAAUGUGGUGGGGUUUAUAAUGUUAAUAUCGAUGGUGAUUUAAGCUUAAAUAAAAUCUCUGUAAAUAUAGAUGAGGAUGAUUGCAUCGUUGAUAUUUCUGCUGGUCCUGAUUUUAUAAUUGGAAUCACAAAAAAUGGAUUUGUUUAUGAUAUACCGAAUAAAUUAGAUUUUGUUAAUAAAGAGAUCGUUCAAGUUGAAACAGGAAGAGAACAUUGUAUUUUAUUAGAUAAAACUGGUAAUGUUUAUACAUUUGGAAGUGGAAGUAAAGGACAAUUAGGUCAUGGUGAUUUAACCAAUAAGGAUAACCCAGUCCUAGUUGAAGCAUUGGCAGGAAUAAAAAUUGAUAAGAUUGCGGCCGGUGGGUGGCAUUCUUGUGCUUUAAGCGACUCCGGGGACAUGUACACUUGGGGGUGGAACCAAGACAAUCAACUUGGUUUAUUUGAAGAUAAAGAUGUAGAUAAAAAGGCUGUUGUUGGAACCCCAGAACCCGUCAAUUUUCCUGACUUUGAAGCUAGUGUUGAGGACAUUGCUUGUGGGACAAGACAUACUGUAGCUUUGUUAGGAAAUAAACUAUAUGGGGCUGGAAUGAAUAAAUACUUUCAAUUAGGUAACAAUAAAUCCAAUGAUGAGACUGCAAUGAAAUGUUUGUAUGAGGCUGAUGGAGAUGUGUUGGAUUUAAUUUGUGGUCCAUGGAGUACAGCUAUUUUAAUGUCUGAUAAUAAAACAGAUGCUGAAGAAAAUGUGUCAUAAUAUAUUGUUAUAAUUUUAUUGUACUUAGAUUUAUUAUAUUGUUGUUAUUAA